AUGGAAUCAAUCCCGCCCGUGUACUCGUCUGCUACAGAAAGACAAAACAAAACUUACAUUCCACCAUGGGCCGAUCUGAGUAUCAUCGGCGUUGCAGGCAGCUCGGGGUCGGGCAAGACGUCGGUGGCCAUGGAAAUCAUCAAGUCUUUAAAUCUGCCUUGGGUGGUGAUUCUUGUAAUGGAUUCGUUCUACAAGAGCUUGAGUCCUGACGACCACGCGAGAGCGCAUCGCAACGAGUAUGAUUUUGAUUGCCCGGAUGCUUUGGAUUUUGAUGCAUUGGUGCAAACUCUGAAGGAUCUGAAGCAAGGGAAGAAGGCAGAUAUCCCGGUCUAUUCGUUUGCAGAGCACCAACGCCAACCUCAGACCACCACACUCUAUUCGCCCCGAGUAUUGAUUUUGGAAGGUAUCUUAGCACUUCAUCCGCAGAUCGUGGAUCUUUUAGAUGUCAAGAUUUUCGUUGAAGCAGAUAUGGAUGUCUGUCUUGGACGCAGAAUUAUGCGCGAUGUCCGAGAGAGAGGCCGUGAUAUUGACGGCGUAAUUAAGCAAUGGUUCGGCUUUGUCAAACCGUCAUACAAAAAGCAUGUGGAACCGCAACGAGCGAUUUCAGAUAUCAUCAUUCCCCGUGGGAUUGAGAACAAGACCGCCAUUGACCUCGUUGUGAAGCACAUUCGGAUGAAGCUCGAGGAGAAAUCCCAGAAGCACAGCGCUGGUCUACAGCAUCUGGGCCUCAUCGCCCUGGAACAUGAGCUAUCUCAAAAUGUGCACAUGAUGGCUCAAACGCCGCAGUUCGUCGGCAUGAAUACAAUCCUGCAGAAUCCUGCAACAGAGCAAGUCGAUUUUGUCUUCUACUUCGACCGACUUGCAUGCAUGUUGAUAGAGAAAGCCCUGGACUCCGCCUCCUACAUCCCAACAGAAGUCAAAACCCCCCAAGGCACCAGCUAUAACGGCCUCAACCCCGCGGGCACAAUGUCCGCUGUAGCAAUCCUCCGCGGCGGCUCCUGCCUCGAAACCGCCCUUAAGCGCACAAUCCCUGACUGCAUCACCGGCCGUGUCCUCAUCCAAACCCACGAAGGCACCGAGGAACCAGAACUGCAAUACCUGAAACUACCACCGCAGAUCGAAACGCAUGAGACGGUCAUGCUUCUUGAUCCCCAAAUGGCGAGUGGAGGUGCAGCUCUCAUGGCGGUUCGCGUGUUGAUGGACCACGGUGUUGAGGAGCAGAAGAUUGUGUUUGUGACUUGCGCGGCGGGGAAGAAUGGGCUGAAGCGGUUGACGGCUGUUUAUCCGAAGGUGAAGGUCAUUGUUGGACGGAUUGAGGAGGAGAGGGAGCCGAGGUGGAUGGAGAAGAGGUAUUUUGGUUGCUAA